AUGAAGGAUGGUCGCGGUGGUGUCGCACCACGCAUGGCCCGAUCAACAAGCCGAAGCUCCGGGGGCGAGCGGGAGGCGCGCGAAGCGGCAGAGGCGCGUGAGUUGUCUCUGGAGGAGGUCCUGCGCUCUUACGAGCAGCCGCUGAAUGAAGAGCAGGCCUGGGCCGUGUGCUACCAGUGCUGCCGCGGGGAGCGCGCGCACACAGUCCGGUACCAGUACCGCCACCGCGCCAAGGGGCCCGACUCCAUCUUACUGCACAGGGAUGGUACCGUCACUCUGCGGCCCGACACGCGCACCUGCACCGCUGAUGGAGAAGCUUUACCUGUCCCACCUGUCCAGGAGAGCCAGUUGGUACAGUCUAUGGGUGUGGCCAUCUACGGGGCUCUGGACUGGGGAUUGGCUGACAGUGAGGAGCGUGACCUGAGUCCGCAGCUGGAGCAGCUGAUCGAGUGCAUGGUGGCGCAGGAGGACGACGAGUCCGCAGAGUGUCUCAGCAGCACCACCAAGGAUGAAGGCUACAGCGGCCCAGAGGAUGAAGAUGAAGAGGAGGAGGAAGAGGAGGUGGGAAGCGUGCAUGCGGUGCGCACUCUCCGGCAGGUGAUGAUACUGUGUGCCAGGAGGCUGGCAAACCCCGCGGUGGCUCCUGAACACUACCAGGCCGUGUGUAGAGCGCUGUUCCUCGAGACUCUGGAGCUUCAGACCUUCCUGUGCAGGAUCAGAGAUGCCAAGGAGAUGUUGAGGAGGAUCAGGACGGAGGAGUCCCAGCAGGAGCGCUGUGCUGCUGAACUGGACAAUCUCAAACACACGGACUGGGCUCGGUUGUGGGUGCAGUUGAUGAGGGAACUCAGGCAGGGUGUGAAGCUGAAGAAGGUGGAGCAGCAGCCAUUCGAUCCUCUGCCCACUGAGUUCAGCCUCACACCAUUCGAGAUGCUCAUGCAGGACAUCCGGUCUCGCAGAUACACGCUGCGCAAAGUGAUGGUGGAUGGAGACAUUCCCUCUCGAGUCAAACAGAACGCUCACGAACUCAUCCUGGACUUCAUCAGAUCCAGACCUCCACUCAAACCUGUGUCAGAGCGCAGUCUCCCCCCUCGGCCGCAGGAGCAGCAGUCUCUUCACGAUCGUGUGUUAGCCGAAAUCCGUCAGGAACACAAACUGCGGCCGGUGGAGAGGCGGAGCUCCAAGAGACCGUUUGGUUCUCUCCCCUGUCUGGCUCACUCCUGUCACUGUGACCUCAAAUCCACUUCCUGUAUUGACCUGUCGGUCACAGGAGGUGGGCUUCGCCCGCUGCCUCGACCUCGUGUGCUGCUGAAAGCCCCCACACUUGCAGAGAUGGAGGAGAUGAACAUGUUUGAGGAUGAGGACUCUCCUGAUGGUGCUGAGUGUGUGGAGAGUAUGAUGAAGCGUGAUCGUUCAUUCUCUGAGCACGACCUCGCCGAGCUGCUGCAGAGCGAGGCAGACCAGAUGAGCGCCUCAGUGUGUGUGCGUGGAGAGAGACCACGCUCAUACACACACACUGGAACCACACACACACGCCCACACCGCGCUUCGCUCCCUGUGAUUGGCUGGUCUCCUGCAUCUCCUGCUUGUCGCUCUCUCAGUGAGGUGGAGGAAGUCAGUGAAGCAUCGGCACCAUCCAAAAGCCUCAGUGCUAACCAGUGGAUGGAGGAGUUCAGCCACCCGGUGGAGAGUUUGGCAUUAACCCUUGAAGAGGUCAUUAGCGUGCGCCGUGUACUGGUGAAGGCUGAGAUGGAGAAGUUCCUCCAAUGUAAAGAGCUUUAUAACAACCUGCGGAAGGGCAAGGUGUGCUGCUGCUGUAGGGUGAAGUUCCCCCUGUUUUCUUGGCCUUCUACAUGUCUGCUGUGUAAAAGGUCGGUGUGUGGCUCAUGCAGUGCAAAGAUGAAAAUGCCGUCUAAGAAGCUAGCUCACAUCCCUGUUUACGCCGUGGGCUUCCACAGCAGCCCGAGGAGCCACAGUCAGCGCAGUGACGUCUACAAGUCUCUGCGCUCAUUGUCUCGCCGUGCCGUGGAAGAUGAGUUUCCGUACCUCUACGUUGCAGGCUGCAGUCUGAGAGACGUUUGUGCCGAAUGCACCAAGUUUGUCGCCGAUGUCGUUUCAUCCAGCCGCCGCAGCCUCGACAUCAUCAACAACACACCUAAAAGAGAGAAGCUGCGCCCGCGCCCCGCCUCUCAUUACAUGCCCCCAAGAGGUGGUGUACACUAAGGUUAUGAUUGACUGAGGAAGUGAUCAGUGUUGCUUCACUGCUGGGCUGCUCCUUUUUAGACACGCCUCCUGAAUCGUUAGCCCUGCCUUGGAGUCAAGUCAUUGAUUUGGACAACUGUAUUCCUGCCUUCGCACAGUGACCUUUGACCCUUGUGACACUAUGACGUGAUGUCUGAGUUGCGGUUCUGAAUGCUUGGUGCUGUUUUGCUGAGCAGAUCCUUUAGACACACCCUGUCAUGCCGCAGGCUGCAGUCCCCGCCCUCUGAGUCUAUGAUCAUUGUAGCACUAGAAUAUAGUGUCUGUGCUCCAGGACCCUUCAGCUUUGUUGAGCAGAACUAUUAUAUGUAUAGAUGAACGGAGAACCCCGGGUGCAGUCCCCACCUCCUGACCCGAGGUUAGGAUAUACAGUCUGUCUAGAUGAGGAACAUGGACCUCCAUGUUUCUGCUGUUUGGCUCCUUUAUAGCCCAUCUUACUCCCUAGCCCCGCCCCUUUCGCAACCUGCUAUUUGUUAGUAUUGCUCUGCCCACACAAGAACUUGCACCACCAUAUUCUUGCCUCAGCUUUAGGCCAUGAUAGAGAUGGACAUGAAAGAGUGAUGGUUGGAAUUCUCCCUUGGACAGGCCCAUUUAAGCCACAUCCUUGAUGUGAUAUUUAUUAUUAUAAACAUCAGCAUUUUCCUGCCUGGCCUAUUGAGGACACACUCUAAAUGAGAAACAAAACAGGAAGUGGAAAAACAAGUUUAUUGCCUUGAUUGUAGCUCGAAUGUAGUGUUCACUUCACUGAUCAGUCGGACACGCCCUUCCCAGCACCUCCCUCCUUAGCAGAUACGGCCACAAGCCAAAUUAUAUGCUGAAGGGCACGAUGAAGUGUGCUAUAGAGUGUACUAAAAUGCUUGAAGCUGCUCUGUAGCGCAGGACUGAUGUUCUGAAAUCACCCGAAUGCCGUUUAAUCCGUUUAUUCUCUUUUAUUCUGCUGAAGUGCAAUCAGAAAAAAAAAUCCUGCACGGAACCUGAAACUACUGCAGUAUGUUAAUGAAAUCUUCCAAACUCUGACUGGAGUUUAUUGCACUAUGUAGUGACUGAAUGUAUCAGGGACUGAAGCCUGUUUAAGAAUGUUAGAGAGACUGUACAGCCUGAAAUACUGUAACACCUUCAUGAUGUCACCUCCAACCCUCAUCCACCCACUUCAACACCACACCCAGCACCACUCCUCCACCCACACCAACACCACACCCAGCACCACUCCUCCACCCACACCAACACCACACCCAACACCACUCCUCCACCCACUCCAACACCACACCCAGCACCACUCCUCCACCCACACCAACACUACACCCAACACCACUCCUCCACCCACACCAACACCACACCCAACACCACUCCUCCACCCACCCCAAAACCACACCCAACACCACUCCUCCACCCACCCCAACAUCACAACUCCACCCACCCCAACACCACUCCUCCACACUACCCCAACACUACACCCAACACCACUCCCCCACACCACCCCAACACUACACCCAACACCUCACUCAGCACCACCCGAACACAGCAUUCUCCAUAUUAGAGCCAUAGAUAGAGCCUUGAUGACAUCCAUACUGUAAAAUGAAAAAUUGCCCAUAGAUGUAAUGUGUUCAGAAAUAAUAAUUAUUUGUUUGUGUUGGAACAUUCAAGUCUAAGAACACUGUUGCUAGGCAACUGGAAAAAAACAGACACUAAAACCAAUCUAGCUAAUGAUUGAGGCAAAAGAUUUGGAAAGCUAUCAACAUACUGAGUGUCAAGACCAAUGACUGGAUAUAUGUUUGGAUAAUAUGGCAACAUUUACUUCCACUUAAUGGAAGUCUCCAUCCUGCAAGAACUGGAACCAGACCACGUGCAGUAGAUACCGACGGACAAGCAGUGGGUUUUCCUCUCACCCACACGUUAGCGAUACGCAUGCCCACGAUUCAGCUGAGCCUCUACUUGUUAGCUAGUGGACAUUAGUUUAUUUAAAUGUAAGUGUAAAUGGCUAAUGUGAAGUACUGACUAGAAAAAACAGCAGUCAACAUUUACAUUUAACACAAACUAUUUUUAAGAAAACAAAUGGCUGCUCAUCAUGAUUUUCCUCUAGCGUUACACCCGCAGUAAGGUAACCAUCUGAAUGGAGACCUUUCUGCUACACUUGUUCGGUUGGUGCAGUUUGUUUAAAAAGGAGAGACUUAUUAACCUUACAAAUAUAUUUCGAGUGUUCCCUUCAAGAUUAUAUAAGAUCAUACAUUCAUUAGUAAAUUAAUGUGAAACUUAGCUAAUGUUAAGUUAGGAGUUAAACUUGUACUUCAACCAGGCCUUAGAACGCCACAGAGAUGACAUUGCUUCACCUCUGAAUCCCUGUCGCAACGUCACUCAUAUAUACAGUCAUUGGUUAGGACUGGAAGGCCACAGGAAUGAUGAGAACGACACAGAACCAUAGGGAACGUCAACAUUUACCUCAGACGUGUUGAUAAAUUCCUAAGAAAAUGCUCAGUGCAGCUAAUUAUGUAAUAACUGUAAUUAUGCUUAGCAUCGACUGCUAACCCAAGCUUUGCCAUAACUGUCACAACUUACACAGAGAUUCACUGACACUAGCUUAACCUGUUCUACUGUCGCACAAAGAAUCAUUAGCAUUUGUUUUAAAAUGACUAGCUUGUUUAGCUAGCUGGCUAAAGUUAGCAGGAGAAUCAUGAGCUAGGUUAGCUAGCCAACUUUUUCUGCACAUUUUAGCUAGCCGUGUAUUAGAUUAGACUGUUCACUAGAUUAGAUGCGUUGAUGAAUUAACCAUCGAGUCACCGACUAAAGUGUCGAAUUCAGCUGAACAAUGACAUCUUUGAUUAGCCUGUUAGCUUUAAAUGUGUUGUUUUAAAAACAAUUUGCCAGUCACAGGACCCAGAUGGUUUUUAUUUAAAAUUUUAUAAACAAAUAAUAAAAAAACAUUUAAAUUCAGAUGUUGUUUCUCCACAGAAACUGAGAAUUGGUGGUAUUUGCUACGUUUUGGAAUUAGUGUGAGUCUGUGGAGAUUCUGUAGUGUGCACUCUGUCUACUAUCUUGGGCCCUAAUAAGGAGAUACUAUAUGCCUAAAACACACACAUACACACACACACACACACACACACACAGCUGCAGCUGAAAUCUCCACUCAUGGUCUGAUGUCUUUCGCUUUUUUUUUUUUUUUUUGUAAAUGCUGCAU